AUGGCGACGGAAAUAUCAGAGGAUGACGCCGGGGCGUUGUCCGUCAGUGACUGGCAAAUACCUGAUGUCCCGUCGCCAGCUGACAGCUCCAAGUCGGACACCGAAAUCGACGAAAAAGCCAGUUCUGACCCAAACGCCCCUUCGCAGCCAAUACAAAAGCGUCGACGAGUUACUCGCGCUUGCGAUGAAUGCCGCCGGAAGAAGAUUAAAUGUGAUGGGAAACAACCUUGUACCCACUGCUCAGUCUAUAGUUAUGAAUGCACAUAUGAUAAGCCCUCUAAUCGCCGAAGGAAUCCCGCACCACAGUACAUCGAAGCACUAGAGAGCAGACUGCAACGAGCCGAGACUCUGCUCCGCAAAUUCAUGCCUGAUGUCGAUUUGGCUGACCCAAACCUGGACCCGGCUAUUCAACAAGAGUUUCAUAGUCGUGAACAGGCCCGCGCUGGCUCUGCAAAAAUGCGACAGGGCCCAGGCUCCGGCCCACUUCCUGAAGAUGCUGGGGAUGCAAAGCUCAUGACCAUGAUUGAUUCGAUAGGACAACUUGAUUUGGACGAUAAGGGCGGAUGGGAUUUUCAUGGUACCUCGUCCGGUGCGGUCUUCUUAAAGCGAAUGAAGGAGCAUUUCCGCGGUCUUCUUGGCCCGACCAGCAAAGCGCCAUUCUUGCCACGACCUGAACGUUCAUCCGGUCUCACUGCACUCGACACACCUUCUCCAGCUGCUGGCGCAUCGCCAUACUCGGCUAUUUCGGCCUACCCCGAACUCCCACCAAAAGACGUUGCUCGGAAACUCUGUUAUUAUUCCCUGAGCUGCGCUACUUGUUUGGUUCGCAUCAUCCACAUACCCACAUUUUACGAGAAGUUUGAGCAAGUGUACGACAGACCUAUCGAGAGCCUAAAUCAGGAAGAAACCCAUUUUCUGGGCCUUGUUCAUGCGGUCAUUGCAUUGGGUUGUAUGUAUAACAACCUGGAAGACUCCAAUCCGUCUGCCGGAGGUUAUAAGGCUGCAAUUGAAGAAGGGCUCAAAUAUUAUCGUGCCGCAAAAAGCCUAUUACAGGAUCUCGCCGACUGUCGCGACAUUGUUUCGCUACAAGCCCUUUUGUUCAUGACGCUCUUCCUCCAAGCCACAUCAAACCUCAGUGCCUGCUAUUCCUUUGUGGGUAUCGCUUUGCGUUCAGCAUUGCGUAUAGGUCUUCAUCGGCACCUGGAACACGAAAAGAUUGGGGUGGUUGAACAAGAAGUCCGCAAGCGAGUCUUUUACGUAAUUCGACAGAUGGACAUUUACGUCUCGACCAUGCUCGGUUUCCCACUGCUUUUAAAUAUUGACGAUGUCGACCAACCAUUUCCGACCGAAGUUGACGACGAAUUUAUCACCAAUACGGGCAUCAUGCCGCCGCCUCUUGGCACACCCUCCUUCUUCGAAGCCUUCAAUGCUCACACUCGCCUGAUGGAGGUGCUUGGCAAAAUUGCCAAGUUUGUGUAUCCAAUGCACGUGCAAGGUCAACCUUCUGGAAAGGAUGAUAACGGUACAACAUCAUGCCUAAUUAGUUACGGGCGCAUCAAGGAAAUCGAGGCCGAUCUCCAAACGUGGUAUGAGAGGCUACCAGAGAUGUGGCGACCGAGCCCAGACGGGCCAAUAGAAGUUGUUCGGGUACGGCACCUAUUACGUUUCGCAUAUGCACACGUGCAGCUUGUUCUAUACCGACCUUUUCUCCAUUAUAUAUCCCCCCGACACAGUCAAGGAACAAAAGUCGACGAACUAUCGUAUGCGUGUGCGGCUGCCGCCGUAAGUGUGUCACGUAACAUCGUACAUAUUGGCCUGGAGAUUCGAAAGCAGCGUGUCUUGAGUGGGCCAUACUGGUUCAUGCUGUACACGGAAUUCUUUGCUGUGCUCUCUCUCGUAUUUUAUGCCAUUGAGAACCCCGAUAAACCCGGCUCCCACGAAGUUUUAGCCGAUGCUCAUGCUGGACGACAAAUGAUUGCCGACUUGGCAGACAAGAGCCUGUCGGCGGAUAGAGUCACAAAGGCAUUAAAGGUUCUUUUUGAUCAGCUUCCCGAAAGACUGGAACAAGCCCGAUCGGCAAGACCUGCAGGCAAUUCCAGGAAGCGACCUGCUGCUGGAUCCAAGUCUGGGUCCACCUCAACAACACAACCAAGCAUCAAUCAAACUAUGUCAGCAACCAGAGCUGAAGACUUCAUCCGAAGCCGCAGCGGCGGCAUUGGCGGGCCAUUUGGAACACCCAAUUCUCGAGGCUCUGCUGAUGGUAGUAUGGGCCAGUCAUCUGACCAGAGCUUCCCCGAUAUUCCAUUUUCCGGCAGUAUGCAUGAUAUUCUGCCUAUGGAUUUGUCCUCCCGAGCGACUCCCGAUUCAACCAGCACUGCAAGCAGCGCUCAUCGACACGCCUUCUCUUCACAACCGCUCAACGCCCACGCAAUACAUAACCCUGUGAACAAGCUGGACUCUCUAAUGUUUCCAUCAGAGGAUCCAUUUGCGUACCCCAAUCAACCUAUGAUGGAGCUGGGCUUUCAACCAAAGGCAGAUGCACCGGGGAUCACCAUGGCUGCGCCUAAUGCCUCAUUUUUCUUUACCGGGUCAUUUGAGGAAAUGGGUGAUCAAAUUCUAGGACAGCCUCCGCCAUACAUGACUCCGCAACAGCAACCUCAACACAUGGGCAUGGCUGGAACUAUGUACGAUCCGCAGAGCAUGAUGGCGUUGCAUAGUGCUCAGCAGCAGAGCAGCCGAAUGCAACAACAAGCCAUGCAGCAGCAUCACCACCAGCAACAACAACAACAGCAGCAGCAGCAGCAGCAGCAAGGCGGAGGGUUCUUUGCGAGCUUUCGUCGUGCUAGAGCGGAUCGGCAACAAGAGAGGCAGAUCGAGCAGAUGUUCACACAGCAGGGCAUGCAGGCAGAUUGGGGAAGCUUCUUUGGUUCCGGGAGAGGUGGCUUCCAAGGAAUGUGA